AAUUAUCAACCGUCUCUGGCUUAACUGUUGUGAGAACACUGAUCUGAAAAGAGAGUGGGCCUUUUGUCAGUUCUCAUAAAGUAGGCUAACAUCUAAUGUGGAGAUGAUUUUCUCUACAGGCUUCAAAUAUAUUGCUAUAAGUGCAUUACAAGAAAACAAAGAAUGCUGUGAUGUCCAGUAGGAGACCUGUUGCUGAAUAAGCAAAUCUGCAGCAGCCAUUCCUACCAUGGCCCAGUCUCUCCCAGGACAGUCCUUCCCAGAGGACCCUGCGGAGAAAGACUGCUUUAUUUCUGGGCUUCAGGAGGAGUUUAUAUUUCUCUCAGAAUACCUGAAGGGUCUGAAGAAUGAGGAAUGGCUUACCUUCCAUGAGAUCAUGGUUAAUCCUGUGACCAAAGCGGAGUUUUUCACUCUCCUGAUUGAUUUGGUCAAAUACGUAGACCUGACCUCAGUAAAGGUGGUCAUCCCUGCCCUCCUGAAGAUGGUAAGAGAGCUUGCUAACCAAGACACUCAAGACCCUACCAUCCAAGACCCCACCAAGACCCCUUCUGCCACAUAUGCUGAGGAUGACUCAGGAAUCAAGCUAUUCAACAAUGGGGUCCUUGUUGAAAUUAUACCCAGAACCAAAAGCAGCAGGGCAUCAACUGCCUCAUCCUGCAGCAAGACAUCAACUGAUUCACGAAAGAGGAAAACCACCACUGAGCAGCUGGUUGAAAAUGUGUCCCAAACCCUCAGUGAAUUCCUCCGAGUACAAGACCAGUCAAUGGAGUGCUUUUUGGAUGACCAGAAGAGAAACAUCUCGGCUAAAAAGUGUCUGGCAUGCAUCAAAAAAGCUGUGAAUGUACUAACUUGCCAUUAUUCAUGUAUAAAUGACUUCCCACCUCCUCAACAACAAGUUGCAGAGGAUGAAAUUGAGGUCAAAGAAGUGUCUAGUGGAAGUCAAAGGUCUGAGCUUUGCGUCAAAGUGGUUUCCAGUGAGGAAUUCCACACCAAGGCCAAGAAAGCAGUAAAGGAUGUCUUUAUUGGAAACAUGAAGCAAUUUCAAUCUUCUCCACGCACUCCUUCCAGUGACUCGCUGGGAGUUGGAAUUGAGACUUCUUCUUUAUGUCCUCAGCAUGUUGAAGAAGCUGCUGCUGUGCUCAUAGAGACUUUUGUGGAGGAGAUGAAGAAGGUUGCUCUGUUGGCUGAAUAUGCGGAUGAACCCAUGUCUCCUGAUGAGGGAAAAAUACUUGACCAGACACAAAGAGUCCCCCCACAUGUCUCUGGUCUUAAAACAAAAAAGGUUCAGGUAGCAGCAAAACAGAUCUAUGGAAAACUAAAAGUUACACUUAAGGAUUUCUUCAGACAUUUUCCCCUCCAGCAUAGCCCAGCUGCCCUGAGAACUGAGGAACCAAAUGAAUUUGUCUCAUUAGCUCUGGAUGUUCAUACAGCUGAAGUCAAACAGAAAAAUCAGCGCCCAACAAAUAUCAAGACUGACCAAGCUUUGCCUGUGGCUAAACCACAGAGCCCAGUUGCACGUAAGGUGCAGAGUGACAUUGGUUGUCCUUUGAGUCCAAGUCAGCUGGACGACUGCACCAGAAACGUCUUAAAAGGAGUGCUGGCCUCUUACUUCUCUGGGCUGAAGCAGAACCCAAUUCAGGAAGGCUUGGCUUCACCAGAUCUGUUGGCUGAUAAGAGCAGUUUUUUUGAUGGUGUAAUUGUCCAGUUAAAAAACAUGGCUUGCUCUACAUCUGCUGGGUGCAAUGAGAGUGAUGAUUCAGAACUGACGAAAAAUGAUGUCACUGGAGUACUUAGAAAGCCUUGCUCAUUCACAAGCAUAAAAAGACUAUCCGAUGUAGAAUUUCAGAUGAAUGCCUUCGAGGCAGUUACUAAUGUGCUCGUUGGUUCAGUGCGAAGCUACACCUCCUUGCAAUCAUAUACUACAGAUAUUUACAAUGAUGAAUUGCAAGGAAUGCCAUGGAAAGACUUUACCUCCAGAGAUAUGGAUGCUCUUGUCACAGAUAUAGUUGAUCAGUUUGUGAGCGACAUACAGAUGAGUACACUCCUUUCAGCUUCUCCUGACCAAGUGGGUACCCGCUCAUUUGAAACCAAGCUGGCAACUUUGAAGAACAAGCUUGCCACCUCAAAUAACCAAUUCAUUAUCUCAGCCUCAAACAUGUAUGAAAAUUUACUGACUAAAGUUGGUAAGUUUUUUGCUCAGUGCUCUUCCUUGUGUAACAUCCCGGGAAAGCAGGCAGAUGAUGAGCCUGUGAUGGACGGUCCAUGCUUAAGUAGUCUCGAAACUACUCAGAGCAUUGAUGAUACUCUGCUUGCCAACCCUCUCAUUCACAAGAAAGACAUUAAAGACAUGGUUGACCUUGAUGGCUGCACCAGAGAAAUCAUGUCAGAGCUUUUCAUGGUGCUGAACGAAGAGAAUGCAAAGGAGGACGCUGCCAACAUUUCAGAGAAACUGUCUACCAUCUCACUGGCAGACAAGGUAGUUGACUCAGUCAUUCCAAAUUUGACUGAUGAAAAAGAUUCUGAUCAAUCUGCCCACAAGGACUGUAAUGAUUCGCCAGACUCAUUAUCUAAAUUGAUUGAGGAAGUAUUCGGAGAGGAGGGUGCUCAGACAAAUGCUAUAAAGUCAGUCAAUGAAGUGUUGCUUCAGUCAACCACUAACCUCUCAAGGCUUACCACCUCCUCACUAACAGAGCAGACAGCUUGUGAAAUGGUCAGCACCAUUGUUGAGGGUAUACAGAGUAUUUUGGACAACACCUGCUCUGACAUCAAAGGAGACAUUGAGGGUGGUCUACUUAGCUCACAGGGAAAUGAACGAAUGGGAAAUGAUCUCAAGGUUACAAUCUGGACAACCACUUGUGGGAUGUUCAAAACUUUAUGGCAAAAAGUGCUGGAUUUGUUCACAAUGAACCAGCGGCUUUGCUCCAAAACCUCAGGUGAUCCUUAUGUCUACGCGAAGGAAGCCAUUAGAAAAGCUCUAAUUAGCAUUAAAGAGAGCCUUCUAAAGUCAAAUGAUCUGAAAACACGUGAUGACCUCCAAAUUAUAAAUCUCAUCAUAAAUUCCAUGUUAGAACACAUCGGAAAGGCAGAAGGCCGAGGAGGACUAGAGCAAAUCCCAACUAAAGCUGAAAGACCUGUUUCCACUUCAUCUAAAUGGCCUGAGGGCAGCGCAAACCCUACCUCUGGGAAUGUCCAUGGGGUUGUCUCUGAAACAGAGAUAACUACAGAGGGUACCAUUGAGAGAGAAACCAGCACUGAUGUGGACAAUGCCCAUGCUUGCAUUACCCGACAAGCAGUUACAAGUGUGGUCAAAAUGGUUAAUGAAAAGAUUAAUUCAGAGAAUGGUGGGUGUUCUUCAUCAGAAAUGCAGGAUGGAGGACUCCACACAGUUGCUAAAAAGCUCUCGAGAUCUCGUUCACAGGAAACCAUUAACUACUUUACCCAUGACUUUGUUGAUCAAGUCUGUGGACUUUUCUUGAGCAGCAACAGAGUGGCUGCUCACAAGUUUGCUUCAGACAGCGUGCUUUUGGAGAUGGGGCACUGCAGUACAUCAAGGAGGCACAAUGUCUCUCAGCUUGUGGAGAUCUACGCUAAGGAGACGGUGAAACACUACCUGCUCCCUCACUUCAAUCUGCCUUUUUCAUGGGGCAUUAAUCAGGGAGGCUCCUCAUGGCCUGCUUCAGCUCCAGUGUGCCUUCCCAGCUCUUUAUCUGGAACAGCACUCAAUGAACAAACUGCACCAAUGGGCUCAAGAUCCCCAUCAAAAAUACUUUGUGACAUAGUGAACCUUGUCAUUAAAACUAUGGUCAGCGAUGUUAUGAACAGCCUAUCACUGCCAAUAGAGUCUGGCAAGAAUAAAGACCAGUUAGGUCAUUCACUUAAACCCUGUUGGGAGAAUCUUCUGAGCACCGAGAGCUCAGCUGCCUUACCUCAAGAACUGGGUUUCCACAGAGACGAAGACGUCAUUCCUUUCCCAUUCCCUAAGAUCAUGCCUGUGGACUCUGACAACUACGCUGGUUUGGUCACUCUGCUGGUUGUACGGCUGCUGAUGCAGACUAAAGGUCAGGGACUGCAGUCCGAAGCCCUGCUGGAGAGAUCCAGACAACUGGUUGACAAGAUCCUGUAUGUCUUUGAUAUUGUGUCAGGGAGUUCUAGAAAUGACCCCUUUCCUCUCAACAUCAGGGUCCACAGGGUCUUCCGAAUUGUCUACGGUGACCUCUUAAGGGAAUUUGGCACUGAAGAGAUCUUUUUGAAAGCGAUGGUCAGAGAGGAUCCUACCUUUGAGAAAACCUUGGUGUCUUCCCUCACUAAACAGCUCCUGCAGAUUUGCAAGGAAGCUGAGGAAGAUUUGCCUCCUCAGAGCACAGGACAGGAGAGUGCAAGACCAGGCUUCUCCCUCUUCAAGAGACUCUCUGUCAUCAUGAGGAAAAAGUCCAGGGUCAGCCCUGUGUAACCAAACUCAUAACCUCUCAAAACAUCUCAGCACUAUUACGUGUCUACCUUAAUCAAACUAAUUCACAUCUUUAUCGCUACAUUUUCAUUCUCUUAACCUAACCAAAAGCAUAAUAAAAAUCAACUGAGCAUUCA